AUGACAGAAGAGGGAGCUCAUCCUGGCAUUCGCCAACGUCAAUGGGGUCUGGAAGCUCGCCUCGACCCUACUGUCACUUUCGAGGAAUUCACUUACUGGGCCAAGAUUGAACGAGAAUUAGAGGACGAAGCGCGUCACCACCACAAAGUUGUUGAAUCUGACGGAAUCGCUGGGUACAUCAAAAGCUACUUCACCAAGAAUGCUUACGAGGACAAAAAGAUCCAUGAGUCGCGUGAGCUACAGCUUGGGGAAGAGUCCUCCAAAUGGAACGAAAAGGAGGCAGCGGUAGCCUCCGACGCCAAAGGCACUCUUAGCCCCGUCGCACCCUCCGAUUCCGAUGCCGACUCUCUCGAUGCCGAAUGGCGAACUGCGGCCCGCGCUCUACGCAAUGCUGGCUGGGGAGCUGUUUUCUAUUUGAUCACUACCGAUAUUUUGGGUUGGAGCCAGACGCCUUACGUCUUCGCCAACACCGGGUAUGGGUUAGGUGUGGGCAUUUUUGUUUUGAUGGGCCUUGCUGCAUUUGCAUCUGGAAUCAUGAUCUGGCGAACCUUCCUCGGCCUUGACUCGGCUCGGUACCCCGUCCUGAGCUUUGGUGAUCCGUUCUUCCGUCUUUACGGUCCAAAGAUGCGACACUUCAUCAACUUCAUGCAAUCCUUGCAACAAUUUUUGAGUGUUGCGGUCGUUCUCCUUGGAAAUACUGGUAUUAUUGCCCAACUCGCCGGAAGCGUCAAUUUGUGCUACGUUGUUUGUGGAAUCAUCUCCCUUGUUGUUGGCAUGGCUAGUGGAUACAUGCGAUCACUCAAACACCUGGGUUGGUUCUGUAACUUUUCGGUGUGGAUCAACAUUGUCACUUUCAUCAUCAUUUGCGUCGCUGCGGCAAAACAUGGACCUGACCCCACUGCUGCUGUCAACAACGGCAUUUUGCCUAAAGAGUGGGCCUUCGAAGCUACGAUGGCGCCGGUCAAGACAUUCGUUAGCACCCCUCCUGCGGAAUAUCAGCCUACCGACACCAACCUCUUCGCUGCUCAAUUCAACGGAAUUAACAGCAUGGUUUACGCGUACUCCGGUGCUGUUCUUUUCGUCGCCUUUUUGUCAGAAAUGCGACGUCCUGCCGACUUUUGGAAGGGUUUACUUGCGGCACAGGCUUUCAUUACAGUUGUCUACAUCUUCUUCGGUGCCCUUAUUUACAAUUACUACGGACAGUACGGCUACAGCAACGUCAAUCAAUCUGUCAACCCUCAAAAUCUUCAGGUUGUUGGCAAUGUGCUUUCUCUUUUGACCGGCUGGCUUGCCGUCUUUCUAUAUUUCAACGUCGGUAUGAAAACCAUUUACAUCGAAGUCGGCCAAGAAAUCUUCAACCUUCCCCCGAUCGCGUCGAAGAGAGGCAAGUUCUGCUGGUGGGGCCUCGGUCCAGUCUACUGGAUUAUUGCCUUCGUUGUGUCUAUGUCCGUUCCAGAAUUCAGUGCCUUCACCAAUUUCGUGGGAGGACUAUUCAGUUUGAACUUCACAUACUCCUUUUCUGGGGUCAUGUAUCUGGCUUACAAGAUCCAAGACGGUGCCAGACUUCCGGGCGAAGGCUUUGAUCCCGCUACUGGACAGACCGUCCGACUUGAUUCCGGUGUGAAGAGGUGGGCUCGAGGCUUUUUCAAAACCUGGUACCUCAGCGUGCCUGUUCUCAUCUUCACUGGGUGUGGUCUUGCUACAUCUGGUAUGGGUACGUGGGCUGCUGUGUCUGCGCUCGAAGCAGCUUUUGGUCCGGGUGGCUCAGUUGUCACCUCUUGGACUUGUGUGAACCCGUAUUACAGCGGAUAG